UUUAACGAAACAAUAUCUUAUUUUUGGAGAAUUUUUGGAUUUUAUUAUUUUUAUUUCGUAAAUCGUGAGGAAUCAGGGUGUAGGACUAGAAAUUAUUAGGCGACAUGGCCCCGCCGACGGACCACGAUCAAGCAUCAAACCCGAAUGUGCCGAUAGCUCCAACCAAGAUCAACAAAAAGAAGUCUAAUAAACAAAGCAGAAGUAAAGUGAACUCACUCAAAAAAACAAACUACUCGAGGAAGAAGGAGUCCUGCAAAAUAUGUAAUAAACAGUUCGCGGCAUUAUAUAUUAAAAGACAUGAAAUAGUUCACGCUAGACAGAAAUCCUUCACUUGCACAAUAUGUCAGAAGGGAUUUAUCAGAUUUUGUGAAUUAAAGAGGCAUGAAAUGAGCCAUUCAAAAGAGAAGAAAUACACUUGCGAAAUAUGUCAGAGGGCUUAUAAACACGAGUAUGAUGUGAAUAGACAUAAAAAGAUACACGCAGGUAAUAAAACUUACUUGUGCUUGAUAUGUAACAAAAAGUUUUUGGAAAAGAAAAAACUACAAACUCAUGAACUUACCCACACUGGGGAAAAGCCCCAUUCCUGCGUAAUAUGUAAAAAGGGGUUCACGUCAGUGAACACAUUAAAGGCACAUGAACGUACCCACACUGGUGAAAAGCCAUAUUCAUGCGUGAUAUGCAAAAAGGAGUUUGCGAAAUUAUGGACUUUAAAUUCACAUAUACUAGUUCACACUGGUGAAAAGCCUUAUUCUUGUGAUGUAUGUAAGAAAUCGUUCACGUCAUCGAAUUACUUAAAAGUACAUAAACGUAUACAUAGCGGAAUGAAGCCUUACUCUUGCGAGAGCUGUAAUUAUAAGUGUGUGUCCUUAACUAGUUUCAAACACCAUAGAAAGAAGCAUGAGAUUUAAAGCUUUUAAUUUGUUUACACCAGCCAAAGCAACGUAGGUACGAGUAUAACACGUGUUAUUUUUUCAUACUAUUAUUUCCACUUGGCAUUUAAGUGCAUGAUUUCAUCAUACCAAUACGUCGGAAGGGGACAAACGAUGAUUAGCGGCAUCGUCACUUUAGUACACGUUUAUGAAUAAGGGGGUUAGAGUAUAAGCAUUAUUUGUGCAACGUUUUCGCUACGCAAGGUCAGAUGGAUGCCAUUUACACAGACUUUUUGAAGGCGUCUGAUAAGGUAGAUUAUCAUAUUCUGUCACAAAAUUGAGGCCUAUUAUGGAAUUCAUGGUAGUCUUCUUCGCUGGGUUCAUUCUUACCUUCAAAACAGAAGUCAGCUCGUCGCCAUCAACGGGUUCUCUUCACCUGAGCUUCCCAUAACUUCAGGCGUCCCUCAAGGUUCUCACCUGGGCCGUUGUUGUUUGUCCUAUUUAUAAAUGAUCUUGCUGAUUGUUUAACAUGUCUCUGCUAGUAUGAUAAAGAUACUACUUGAAUAAAUUAUAUUUUAUCUUUAUUUUUAUUAAAAUACAA